AAGCAAAAAAGAGAAGGAAGGAAAGAAAAGAGAAAUGGAAGGUUCCAAGACACACAGCUCUGAAAGCAUGCCUGGAGACCUAUCAGAAGCCCUGAAGGAAGCCACCAAAGAGGUGCAUGAGCAGGCAGAGAGCACAGAGUUUAUGAAGAAUUUCCAGAGGGGGCAGGUGUCACUCCAGGAGUUUAAGAUGGUUCUGACUUCUCUGUACUACAUCUACUCUGCUCUGGAGGAGGAGAUUGAGCGUAACAAGGAUCACCCAGCCUAUAUCCCCGUUUACUUCCCAGCUGAACUGCACCGUAAGACUGCCCUGCAAGAAGACUUGGAGUAUUUCUAUGGCCCACUGUGGAGGGAAGAGAUCUCAUGUCCCGAGUCCACUCAGAAAUAUGUGAAUAGGCUCCACUAUGUGGGCCAGCAUGAACCAGAGCUCCUGGUGGCCCAUGCCUACACUCGGUACCUGGGAGACCUAUCUGGUGGGCAGGUGUUAAAGAAGAUUGCCCAGAAAGCUCUCCACCUACCCAGUACUGGAGAAGGACUGGAGUUCUUCACCUUUGAAGGGGUGUCCAAUGCCACAAAGUUCAAGCAGCUGUACCGCUCCCGGAUGAACUCCAUCGAGAUGGACCCAGCCACCAAGAAGAGAGUCUUGGAGGAAGCCAAGCGGGCAUUCUUGCUGAAUAUACAGGUGUUUGACGAACUACAGAAAUUGGUGUCCCAGUGCCAUGAGAACGGUCACCCUGCACAACAGAAGCCAGAGCUUCGCACAAGAGGCACCAGCGGAGCACAUGAGCAUGGACCAGCUCCUGUGAAAGAAGGUGAAAAGACAUUGAUGAAGCACACAGGCAUGCUGCCUAGCACUCCACUGGUACGGUGGAUUCUUGUCGUCAGCUUCCUAGUGACAACGGUUGCUGUGGGCUUGUUUGCCAUGUGA